CGACCUGCUCCCCAGGGCUGGAGCGCGCUGGCCUGGCCACUCCCGCCAAGCGAGGCUCUCUGGGCUCGCGGGCAGGCACCGCGGCCCUGCCUUACCCCCUGAAGAAGGAGAACGGCCGAUUCCUGUACGAGUGCAAUGUGUGCAGCAAGAGCUUCGGGCAGCUCUCCAACCUUAAGGUCCACCUGCGCGUGCACAGCGGGGAGCGGCCUUUCCAGUGCGCCCUGUGCCAGAAGCGCUUCACCCAGCUCGCCCACCUGCAGAAGCACCACCUGGUGCACACCGGGGAGCGGCCCCACCAGUGCCCGGCCCUGGGGUGGCCAGAGCUGCCCUGACCUGGCCCAGGGCCAGGACGGCCCCAGCAGUGUCGGCCUCAAGGCCCGAGCCCAGAGCCGCUCAGAAUGGGACCUCCGAGUGAGGAGCCGUGGUGGUUUCUGGAUUUGGAAGCAACGACACGACCCUGGUGGGCCCACUCAGUGCCUUGGUCGUCUCCAGAGGCCAGCCGUGGGCAGCGCCUCCGACCUGGCCAGCCAUGCCUCUCCAUGGCCCGAGAGCCUGGUGCCAACCGGGCCCUUGGCGGAGCCUGCUGGUGCCAGGCAGCCCUCACACUCGGGGCCCGAUCCUGGACGUUUGGAGCAAGGACACCCAGGCCUCCCCUGCCAGCAGCCGGCCCCCCCAGCCCCAGAGUGCCCUCUGAGGCCUGAGCCCCUGGGCGACCUGGAAGACACGCCCUGGCUGCCCCGCCCAGUGUCCUUACCCAUGGCCGAGGGGGCAAAGGGCAAGCCUGACAACCCAGGGCCAGCCCUGCCAGAGCCAGCCCAGACCCCACACACGCGUCCCUCUGCCAGGAGGACCCGCUACCACAUCACUGUCACCCUGCAGGGGCCUGGGGAUGGGCAGCGACCUGGGGAGGAGGGUGAGGAACCGGCCCAACCAGCUCCCCACCCCUGCGGCCCUGAGGAAUCCAGGGGCUGGCAGGAGCCUCUCCAGGGACCCCGCCCCAUCACGGGGUGCCCAGCAGACCCGCCCCGGGAGCCCCGACUAAGACAGGGGAGUAAGGCCCAGCGGCAGGAGCUCCAGGUCAGCCGGACUCCUGGGUCCCCACAGGAACGGGAGCUGGGCCACGGAGAAACAGGGCCACGGGACAGACGGCCGGGGCCCGACAUGGAGGAGGCCCGGGCUGAGGCCCGAGUGGUGAGUGCCACGCUGACGUGGCGGCAGCGACCCCCCGCCCAGGAGGAGGUCAGACACCGUUUUCACAAAGUGUCCCUGGUGUCAGGGGCCCGGGUGGGAGCGGCCCCGGUGGAGGCGUCUGAGGACGGCCAACGUCGAGAGGGAGUCAAUGGCUUUGUGACCCGGGAAGAGGCUGUGCAUCACCAGGGCCCUCCGGAUGGGGCUGGCUGCAAGACCUUCCAGAGCCACGGGCCCGUCUUCUCCAAGAAGUACACACUGCCCCCCAAGGAGAAAAGGCCGGGGCAGAGGCUGCAGCAGGCUGCGGACCUCACUGACGGCACCCCCCAUGCUCACAGGCCUGAGCCCCCCGGCCCAGGAGCCGCUGCCAGGACUGAGCUGACAGUGCCUCUGCCGGGCCCCCGGGAGCCGAGCCCCCACCCACUCGUGGGUCUCAGCAGCGGGAGCUCCCGGAACUGCGAGGAGCGGCGGGUGACACGCACUGUGCGGACCACCACGGUCAUCGGAGGGCGCGUGGAUCGGCGGGUGAACACCUCCGUGAACAUGGGGCCCACAGUGUUGGGUGAGGCCCUGCCACGGGGCCGCAAUGUGGCCCGGACCGUGCGGGCGGUGGUGGUGAGCCCCCGGGCCGAGGGCUCGCCCAGCCGCAGCCAGGCCCUGGAGCUGCUGAGCAGCCUCGUGCCCGUGGAGCCCGGCCCGCCCAUCAGCCGCCUUCCCAGGCCCACGGCUGGCGUGCCCAAGAGCUCAGGUCUGGGUGACACCGUGGGGACAGCCCUGGGGCAGCUGCCUGAGGCUGGGACAGCAGAGCGGAAGGACAGCUCUGCCUUGGCUCCUGCAGGCCUCUCAGAAGGUGCUCACCCACCACAGAACCGGGAUGUCCCUGAGGCCCACCUAGAUCACCAGGUCAGGGCCCCCAGUGCCAGAGCCUGGGAGCCCCCCAGGGUGCAGGGAGCCUCCAGCACUCAGCUCUCGGUUCAGACUUCUCAGGGCCACGCGUUGGCAUCUUCCUCGCCUGGACUCCAGACCCAUGCCCCCUCCCUGGGCCUCACACCUCCCCUGGAGCAGCCCGUUGUGCCCAGGCAACCCAGGACCCAGCUCACUCAGCACGCCCAGCCCCCUGUGGAAAGGGAAGGGUUCACGGACCCCUCUGGUGCCACUACCCUGCCCAUGGUGAGGAGGGAGGGUGGACUAGUCCCUGGACAACCUCUUGUUCCACCACCCUAUGCAGGACAGCAGGCCCUCCCCAGCCCAGGUCACUCUGCUCCCUCCUCCCCAAGGAAUAAGCUUGCUUCGGACCCUGUCGGCAUCCCUGUCUGCCCCCUUCCUCACGAAGAGGCAGAGCGCAGCCCUGGGGUUCCCGCCGCCCCAUCGCCCACCCAGAGAGAGCUCGUGCAAGCUUCCGUCUCUCCUGCUGCCUCAGCCCCUACACCAGCCAGGCUCUCCCAGGCCCCAGAAGGCAGCCCUGGCACACACCCGGAGGUCGUCCAGGCUGUUGAAGGGAGCCUUGCCCCCUCCCUCCCCAUGGAAGAGACUGCUCCAGGCCCCCCUGCUCCUGCUAGCCCGCUUCCCGAACAGGAUAAGCUUGUUCAGGGCUCAGACCAACUCGAGGUUGUUCAGGGCGCUGGUGCUUCUGCUGUGCCAUGUUCCACCCCAGAAGUGGUUGUCCAGAGCCCGACUGUUCUUCAUGCUCCACCCUCUUCAGUGGACCAGGGGUCCCCCAGCCCAUCAGGCACCCCUGCCCCAGGGGCGGAGGCCAGCGGGGAGCUCCAGUCUGUCCCUGAGACCACCGAGGGCAGAACGCUCCCAGAGCUAUCGAGGGAGGAGGAGGAGGUGGCCUUGGCCGCUGACCUGGAGCUUUUCCUGGAUACCCUACGGAGCAUGGAGCCCCCCGAGAUCCUCCGAACUCACCGGCUGCCACGAGCACCCCGCUCCUCCUACCUGGCCAUGUAUGCCACCCUGCCCACCAUUGAGGAGGACCCGCCUGGGCUGUGGGCGGCUGGGCCCAGCCCCCUGGAGGUGCCCACGCUGGGAGAGAAGGAAGAGGAGGAGGAGGAGGAGCUGGAGAACCCCUACCUGAGCGAUGAUGAGAAGCUCCAGCGCAGGCAGGAGAAAGGCCAGCCCAGCCCCUCCUGGGACCCCCGUGCCAGCCGGCCCGCCCAGGCCGCUUGCUCUCCUCUGGAGAUGAUGAAGAAGCACGUAGCAGGUGCCCGGGGACCCCGGCCAGAGCUGGGGCCGGAAGUGCACGCGGCCAGCAGGCCCACUUCCCGUCUUGGAAGUAGUCUUCUGUUUGGCAGCCUGGUGCCUGCCACCAAGGAGGCCUCUGCCCUGGAACCCGAACCACUGGGUGCAAAACUGUCUGCUCUGCCACCCCACGGGGCGCCGGGGCUCAGGAAGGUGCCGGGACAGCUGCCUCUGCUCUGCAGUGAAAGGCCACCCUCCGAGGAGCCAGCGCAGGCCCGGCCCCCGGAGGGGUGGAGCCCAGCACUGAAGACCCAGGGCAAGCCGAACACCAGGCCUGGAAAGGUGGUCCUCUUCUCCGAGCCCGGCUGCCAAGGCAGCAGCAGGGUGGUCUGGGACGACGUCGCUGACGCCUCGGGCUGGGCCCCCACAGCCUCCCUGCGAGUGGUGCGAGGCUGCUGGGUGCUAUAUGAAGAGCCGGACUUUCGAGGCCAGAAGCUGGCCCUGCCUGAAGGAGAUGUGGAGCUCAGAGGCCUGGGGCCGGCGUGGAGGCCCCGGGACAUCGGUUCCCUGAGGAGGGCUGUCUGGGACUACUGCACCCCAGAGAUCAGCCUGUUCUCUGAGGAGGGCCUCGAGGGGGAGCAAAUGAAACUAACGGAGGCACUCAGGGACCCUCGGGGGCUGGAGAGGCCCCUGCAGGCGGCAUCUGCCGUGGUCUCCGCAGGACUGUGGCUGCUGUACCCCAAACCAUUCUUUGAAGAUACCCCCUGCAUCCUGGAGCCCGGAGAGUAUCCCACCUCAGAGGCCUGGGGUGCACUGGACGCUGCUGUGGGCUCCCUGAAGCCCCUGAGACUGGGCUGCCCAAGCGUGGAGAAGCCGGGGGAGCCCAAGGCUGUGGUGUACGAGGCCCCAGGCUUCCAGGGCCAGAGCUGGGAAGUGAGCAGGGACAUCUACAACCUUCAGCAGCCAGAGGACAGCCAGAGCCCUCACCUGGCCUCUGUGGGAUCCCUGCGAGUGCUGGGGGGCUGCUGGGUGGGCUAUGAGAAGGAGGGCUUUCGAGGCCACCAGUAUCUGCUGGAGGAGGGGGAGUACGCAGACUGGUCACGCUGGGGAGGCUAUGAUGAGCGGUUAACAUCCCUGCGGGUCAUCCGGACGGACUUCGGGGACCCGGCCAUAGUGCUGUUUGAGGACAUGGACUUCGAGGGGCGCGGCGUGGAGGUGAGCAAAGCAUUGCCAGAUGUGGAACUAGUGGGACACGGCCCCCGCACGCAGGCCAUCCACGUGCUCAGCGGCGUGUGGGUGGCCUAUCAGGAAGUGGGCUUCUCGGGGGAGCAGUACGUUCUGGAGAAGGGCGUGUACCGUAACUGCGACGACUGGGGUGCCGGCAACAGCAUCCUCGCCUCGCUGCAACCAGUCCUGCAGGUCGGAGAGCACGAUCUGCACUUUGUCUCAAAGAUUCAGCUUUUCUCCGGCCCCGACUUCCUGGGCGACCACCUCUGCUUCGAGGAUGACCAGCGCUCGCUGCCCGCCUCCUUCCAGCCCCAGUCCUGCCGUGUCCACGGUGGCAGCUGGAUCCUGUAUGAUGAGAAGAACUUCGAGGGGGACCAGCACAUUCUCUCUGAGGGCGAGUUCCCCACGCUCACGGCCAUGGGCUGCCUCGCCUCCACAGUCCUGGGUUCUCUGCAGAAGGUGCCUCUGCACUUUUCAGAACCUUCCGUUUUCCUGUAUGGGCUGGAGUGCUUCGAGGGGAAGGAGAUCGAACUCAGCAGGGAGGUGCGGAGCCUGCAGGCCGAGGGCUUCAACAACCACGUGCUGUCCGUGCGCAUCAAGGGAGGCGUCUGGGUGCUGUGUGAGCACAACGACUUCCGGGGCCGCCAAUGGCUGGUGGGCAGCUGCGAGAUCACCAACUGGCUGACCUACAGCGGCACGCAGAGGGUGGCCUCCCUCUACCCCAUCAGGCAGCGCCGGGUCUACUUCCGCCUCUGGAAUGAGGCUCUGGGGGGAUUCCUGGCAGUGCCGGACCACGUGGAGGACAUGAAGGCGGGCCGCGUGGUGGUCUCUGAGCCCCGGGCCGGGGGCAGCUGCAUCUGGUACUACGAGGACGGGCUGCUCAAGAACCAGGCGGCCCCCACCAUGAGCCUGCAGGUGAUCGGACCCCCCAGCCCAGGCUCCAAGGUGGUGCUGUGGGCCGAGAGCCGCCUGCCGCGCCAGACGUGGAGCAUCAGCGAAUCAGGGCACAUCUGCAGCCAGAUGUUCGAGGGCCGGGUCCUGGAUGUGAAGGGUGGCCGGGGCUAUGACCGGGACCACGUCGUGCUGUGGGAGGUGGCAAAGGACAGAGCACCCCAGAUCUGGGCCGUCCAUGUGCUUUGAAGCCCCUCCACGCCCUGAAGGCUUCUGCUAGGAUGAAAUGUUUUAUAGGCCUUUUGUUGUAACAUAAACUGUUUUCUAUAU